AUGACCAAGGAACUGAAGCGCUACUCUCGCGAGGAAAUCGCCAAGCACAACAAGCCCGAUGACCUUUGGAUCAUCAUCGACUCGUAUGUGUAUGACCUGAGCGAUUUUAUCGACGCCCACCCUGGAGGCGAGGCGGUUCUCUUGAUGGAUGAUGUCGCCGGUCAGGAUGCGACAGAGACAUUUUUCGGCCUGCACGCUAUGGAGGUGCUCAUGAAGCCCAUGGCCCAGAAGAUGAUCAUAGGCCAGGUCGAGGGCGAGGAGGCCAAGGUUCAUUACCCCAAGGUUGGUGAGCUCUCCAAGGUGCCAUACGCGGAGCCCUCAUGGCUCGUGGAGCCUUUCCACUCGCCCUACUACAACGAGUCGCACCGCCGUUUCCAGAAAGCCGUUCGCGUUUUCUGUGAGGAGCACGUGUUCCCAGUCGCAGAAGCCUGCGAGGCGAACGGCAAGCGCCCUGACAUUGAGCUGAUUAAGCUCAUGGGAGAGAAUGGCCUGAAUGCGAUGCGCUUGGGUCCCGGCAAGCACCUCCACGGUCGCAAGCUGCUCGGUGACGUCAAGCCAGAGGAGUUUGAUUACUUCCAUGAAUUGAUUAUCACGCAAGAACUUUGUCGUUGUGGCUGUCGCGGCUUCGUGGAUGGGCUCCAGGGCGGUAUGGUCAUUGGUCUUCCGCCCAUCCUUAACUUUGGCUCUGAUGAGAUGAAGAAGGAGAUUGUCGAGCCUGUUUUCCGCGGGGAGAAGUUCAUUAGCCUGGCCAUCACCGAGGCGUUCGCGGGCAGCGACGUCAUGGGCCUGCGCACGUUCGCCCAGAAGACUGAGGAUGGUCAACACUAUAUCGUCAAUGGUACCAAGAAGUGGAUUACCAACGGCCACUUUGCCGACUACUUCACUACAGCUGUCCGUACGGAAGAGGGCUUCGCCGUCCUGCUGAUUCCACGCUCGUUGGGUGUGAAAACGCGUCUCAUUCAUACCUCCUACUCGUCCACUGCUGGCACAGCAUUUGUCAUGUUCAACAACAUCAAGGUGCCGGCCAAGAACCUCAUUGGUGCAGAUGGCAUGGGUAUUCCGAUUGUCCUGUCUAACUUCAACCACGAGCGUUGGGUCAUGUGCUGUGGUACGAUCCGUGGUGUGCGCGGUAUCCUGGAGAUCCUCAUGAAGUGGAUUCACCAGCGCAAGGUAUUCGGCCGCCCGCUCACGUCGCAGGCAGUCGUGCGCCAGAAGAUUGCGUUCUUGCUGGCCCAGGCGGAAGCCGCGCAGAGCUACUUGGAGCACCUUACUUUCCAGAUGAACAAUAUGUCAUACAAGGAGCAAGCAAAGUUCCUGGCAGGUCCGCUGGCGUUCCUCAAGGCCUGGUCCACGCGCGUUAGCCAUGAGGUGGCAGACAAUGCUGUCCAGAUCAUGGGUGGUCGUGGCCUGACUCGCUCGGGUAUGGGCCGCAAGAUCGAGAACUACAACCGCAACUACAAGUACGAUGCAGUGCUUGGUGGUACAGAGGAGAUCUUGGCUGACCUUGGUAUUCGCCAAGCUCUCCGCUUCUUCCCUAACGAUGUCAAGCUUUAA